ACGAAUCGGACGCAAAAUGGAAAAAUCGAGGAAAAAAUCGGACAAGUGUUCCGAGUGAUUUUUGGAUAAUAUUUCAUUCGCUUUCGUACUAAACAAACGGAAUAACGGCACGCGAUUGUAAGUGAACAAAGUUCGUCGAGCUAAUCGGAUAUGCAAAAUAAUUAUUAACCAAAAGAUUUUGAAAAACGAAGGCCAUUUUUACAACAUGCGAAAUUCUCAAAAAUAAAUAGUCCCGGUACAACUCGCGCAACGCCAAAUUAACGAAGCAUUAAGAGCAAAAACAAUAUUUUUUUUACUAUGCAUUUCGCUUCUUAAACUGAAUGAUACUCAAGGAAAUCUAUAUGUAUAUCAGAGCCUUACAUUCAAGUGUCACUAAUAAAAAAAUUGUUUAUAUUAGGCAAAAUUCUGGUAAAACUGUGCUUUUUAAAUUAUACUAACAAUUUGUGAAUACAAUUGCUCAAUAAACUCAAAACAAGGCGGAAUACACUGAGAAAGAAACCAACUUUAUUUGUCACCCAUUUUGAAGGAGUAAAAAUAAAUAAUCAUUGGAUAAAAAACACGAAAUAAAGGAGAAAUAAAUCAAAGAUUGGACACAUUCACUUUAAUAUUAUCUCCUGCAGCUGCACCCAAUAUUAGCGGCUUUCACAGUCGACAUCACACGCACGUAAUGAUGAUGAUGAUGCCGACAUCGAGGGUCUGGCGACAGGCAUCGGAAAUAGAGCAACGAAAACAACAUAAACAACGAUGGCCAGCUGACAGGGCAAACAUAUUAGUGGCUAACGACGAUAACAGUGAUAAUAGCGGUGGCAACCACGGGGUGGCGCAUAAUCAAAACAACGGCAGCCAAAACAGCUCCAUGGACUUUGGAACUUCCGCCUUCCGACGAAGGAAAGCGCACCAGAAACCCCGGAUAGCCUCCACUGGACCCCACUUCCCCCUCUCCCCUUGGACAACGCUGCUCGUCCUCCUCUCGAUUUCUGCCCUGACAUCGUCCGCCAAUGUCUCCACCACAACGCAUCUGUCCAUCAACGGCAGUGCCACCGAUUACGUCCUGCUCCUCGGCGACGCCACCACCCCCCUGGUUCCUGCCCAGACCACCGGGGUCGCCGGGGACGGAAGUGGUGGCGUUAUCGAGGACGAGGAGGACGCGGAGAAGGCCAGCGAAUACAUCUUCGAUCGCACCGAUGUGCGCAUUAUAUUCAUCACCCUUUACACAUUGGUUUUUUGCUGCUGUUUCUUUGGCAACCUACUUGUUAUUUUGGUGGUCACAUUAUCGCGACGACUGCGCUCAAUCACGAACUUUUUUUUGGCGAACUUGGCGUUUGCAGACUUCUGUGUCGGUCUCUUCUGUGUGAUGCAGAACCUAUCCAUCUAUCUCAUAGAGAGCUGGGUGUUUGGCGAAUUUCUGUGCCGCAUGUACCAGUUUGUACACUCGCUGAGCUACACGGCAUCGAUUUUCAUCUUGGUUGUCAUCUGCAUGGAGCGUUAUUUCGCCAUCGUGCAUCCCAUAACCUGCAAACAGAUCUUAACCGCGGCUCGCCUUAGAAUGGUUAUUGUCACCGUUUGGAUUACAUCGGCCGUGUACUCAACUCCCAAGUUUGUUUUUAGCAAGACCAUUAAAAACAUUCACACACAGGACGGCCAGGAGGAGGAAAUUUGUGUGCUGGACCGCGAGAUGUUUAACUCGAAACUGCUGGACAUGAUUAACUUUGUGCUCCUAUACGUUAUGCCGCUAUUGGUGAUGACGGUGCUGUACAGCAAAAUCGCCAUUGCUUUGUGGCGCAGUUCGCGCGGCCUCUCGCCGCAUGUGGUGCAGCAUCAGCAGCCGCAGCAGGCGUCUUGCCAGGACGGGGGCAUGGGCAUGCACAACAGCAUGUACCACCACCAGCACCACCAGCCCCACCAGCACCACCACCACCACCAGCACCACCAGCUCCCGGCAGCGUCAUCGGCAGGAUCUGGAGCUCUGGCGGGCGUGGGAAUGGGCGGAGCUGGGUCGUCACUCGCCUCGGGCGGCAGCAGCACCACGUCCUUGUCCCGAAAACAGAGCAGUAAAUAUGAGAAGCGCGGUGUCAGCAUCACGGAGAGCCAGCUUGAUAAUUGCAAGGUGUCCCUGGAGGCCGAUCGUCCCAUUGUCAGCGCCUGCCGCAAGACGAGCUUCUACCACCACUCCCACGCCCACCACCAGCGGACGGGCAUGGCCUGGGGCGGCAGUGUGGGAGGGGGCGGGGCCGGAGCCGGUGCCGCCCACAUGUCCCACUCGUCCAGCAACGUCCUUCGUGCCCGGCGCGGCGUCGUCCGUAUGCUGAUAAUAUUCGUGCUGACAUUCGCCCUCUGCAAUCUGCCGUAUCAUGCCCGCAAAAUGUGGCAGUACUGGUCACGUUCGUAUCGCGGUGAUUCCAAUUUUAAUGCGCUACUAACGCCGCUCACCUUUCUGGUCACGUACUUCAAUUCGGGCGUAAACCCCCUGCUCUACGCCUUCCUCAGUCGCAAUUUUCGCAAGGGCAUGAAGGAGCUGCUGCUCUGCUCCUGGAAGAAGGGCAAGGGCAAGUCGUCCUCCAACUCCUCGAUGCAUCACAAGCGCAAGGCGCUGCAGACGCACUCCCUGCCCACGGACACCACGCACAUCGGCAACGAGCAGCUAUGAUGGCCCAGCGGCUGGAGGAGGCCCCUCAAGUUCUUCGGGCGACGCUCCUAGGACCCAGCCCCAUCACCAGCCCAUCGAAGGAUGCAGACACUUCUGGUCCGCUAGUCGUCAGCUAGCUAUUGUUUUAUUGCGAUGUCGGAAAGCCUUUUGCUCGGAUCGAACUGUCUCCUAGCCGGUGUCAAGUUUUAUUGAUAGAGUAAGCCAAUUUUUAAGCGAAACAAAAUAAAAUCAACUUGCUGGCAUCCUCGGGAGCAUGGAUGACAACUUCUUAGUGUAUAUAUAUGAUUUAAGAGUGAACCACUUUGAACAAAUAAACAAAAAAUGAAACAUUA